AUGCAGUCCAGUGGCUCCGACGAGAAGUCGAUUCCGGGUUCCGACCAUGCCCAGUCGCCUGAUACUUACUCUGAAAGAGUAAAAGAAAACUUACCAGAGAUUGAGAAUACCAGAGAAUAUGUUAGUCGAUUCCUUACAAUGCGCAAAUGUGGCUUUGAAAAUGAAACGAGGGUGGUCUUCAACAACAUCUCUGUUGAAGGUAGUGGGACAGGGUCACAAGCAGCACCAACAAUUUCGUCAGCUGCCAAAUCGGCUUUUGGAAUACUCAGUCCGCUCAGAAAUUUGACCAAAGAUUCCUCUAGACCAAUUCUCCGUGGGUUCUCGGGCACCAUCAAUCCGGGAGAAAUGCUGCUCGUUAUAGGAAAACCUGGCAGCGGCUGCACAACCUUUCUUAAGAUGUUGUCCUAUAUGUGGGAGGAGUACAAAGAAGUUAAAGGGGAGCUUAGUCUAGACGGCCAUUCCAUUCAGAGUUUGUUGUCCAAGCGUCCCCAGGAUGUUAUUUUCUGUGCUGAAUCUGACGAUCAUUUCCCUACACUAACCGUGGCCGAGACAUUGCGCUUUGCGAUCCGGGCCAGAUGUAGUCCAGAUACAUUGGCAAAGGAUAUUGAUACGAUGGUCCUACAGCUUGCCUCGCUAGUUGGUCUUGAGCAUGUAAUGAACACCAGAGUUGGAGAUGCGUAUAUUCGAGGAUCUUUCAAGUUCCCCUCUGUCGUUACUAACUCCUCCACCGCUUUGGAGUUUAUUAAGAUGAUGCGAGAAUGGACAAAUCAAAGUCGCUGCACCGCGGCUAUGAGUGUAUACCAAGCCAGCGAUGCGGUUGUUACAUAUUUCGAUAAAGUGUUAGUGGUCAAUUCGGGUCGACAAAUCUUCUACGGCAAGCCGCAUGACGCAAAAUCCUACUUUGAGGAUCUUGGCUUCGACUGCUUGCCAACAACAACCAUAUCUGAUUUCCUCAAUUCGAUGUCGGCUGACCCAGACGUGCGGCGGAUAAAAGAAGGCAAACAAAAUCAAGUGCCACGGACUCCAGAGGAAUUUGAGACUGCAUUCCGUGCUAGUCAGUACUACAUUGAGUUACAAGAGUCAAUCACUGCGGCCCAGAGGGAGUCAUCAUCAGUGUAUCGUGAGUUGGUCAAGACACCGGCUUAUUCUCUCCCAAUAUACCGCCAAAUUUGGCAGAAUGUUGCAAAAGACAACAGUCAUACAUUUGUAUGGAAGAACCUAUGUCUCGACAUCAAGGUCAAGGGGGACAACAGGCGACUUCUUGAUGGCCUAAGUGGCUGUGUGAAGACUGGACAACUCAAAGCUUUGAUGGGAGUCUCAGGAGCAGGUAAAACCACUCUACUGAACGCUCUUUCUGGUCGCUCUAAUUUCGGUACUCUAACCGGUGAACUGGUGCUGAAUGGGGAGGUACUUCCAGAAUUUUUCCGCAGUAGGAUGGGUUAUGUCCAGCAGCAGGACAUUCAUUUACCCACGCAAACGGUUCGCGAGGCUUUGCGGAUGACGGCGCGGUUGAGACGCGGUGGAACAAUUUCGCUACCUGAGAAAUAUGCCUAUGUCGAAUAUGUCAUUCAAUGGCUCGACAUGGAAAAUAUAGCUGAUGCCCUAAUCGGCGUUCCUGGUGCAGGACUGAAUCUCCAACAACGCAAAAAAGUCAGCAUCGGAGUAGAGAUGGCCUCAAAACCAGAGAUACUAUUUCUUGAUGAACCAACUUCUGGUCUUGAUGGACAAUCAGCUCUUUCAAUAAUACAACUACUUCGUCKAUUGGCAGAGUCCGGUCAAGCGAUCAUGUGCACCAUUCAUCAACCAGCAGCUGAGCUAAUUGAGAUGUUUGAUGAGCUAUAUCUUCUCAGUCGAGGGGGUAAACUGGUCUAUGAUGGUCCACUGGGAAGUCAUUGUCAAGAAGCAAUUCAAUACUUCGAGAAGUAUAGCAGAAAGUGUGGCUCAAAUGAGAAUCCAGCAGAAUUCUUCCUAGAUGUGAUCGGUGCUGGAGUCCAGAAAGAAAACAAGGAGGAUUGGCCUAAUCUAUGGCAUCAUUCCGAGGACAAAGAGAACAGGGAGAAACAUUCUGGAAAGGACGAAUCUGAUCUUCGACAACAAUAUCAAGCAGGUCCCUCACGUCAAUCACUCUAUGCAGCCCCGUUACACAUUCAAUUAUGGGUUGUGCUUCAAAGGACAUGGUUAUAUUAUUGGAGAGAUCCGGACUAUAUCGUGUCAAAACUUUGGAUGAAUGUUGGAAACGCUCUUGUCAAUGGUCUCACGUAUCUUCAGUCGCCAAACACACAGCAAGGAGCAUAUAACCGCGUAUUCUCAGCCUUUAUGGCACUCAUCGUUGGACCUCCGUUAGGGUUACAAGUUCAACCGCGAUUCUUGACAUUACGAGAGAUUUUUAUGCAUCGAGAACGCGAGAGCUUGACAUAUCACUGGAUAGCCUUUGUCGUGUCGACAUUCAUUGUCGAGCUCCCCUUUACUUUCAUCACAUCACUGGUGUACUGGCUCCUAUGGUACUUCCCCGUUGGAUACUUCGGUUCUGUUUCGCGUGCCGGAUACAGUUUUCUUAUGUACGAGUUGUUUGGUGUAUUCGCAACAAGUCUAGCCCAAUUAUGUGCCUCUCUCAUGCCAAAUAUUGAGGCGGCCUUAGCGGCGAAUGGGUUUUUCUUCAUGUUCUGCAAUACUUUGGCAGGUACAUUGUCACCCAAAUCAGUCACUCCGUCCGGCUGGCGUUGGUACUACAAUGUUUCUCCUCUCUAUUACUGGAGCGAAGGAGUAAUGACUGAUGUGUUACAUGAUUUACCCAUCCGCUGUCAGGAAUCUGAGUUAUCAAUCUUUUAUCCGCCGAAUGGAACAACGUGUGGCCAAUAUGCAGCUGACUUCUUGCGAACAGCGACGGGAUAUCUGGUGAAUCCAGAUAGUCUCUCCGACUGUCACUACUGCAGAUACCAAGAUGGGCAGUCAUAUGUGAGUGCUAUUAGUGAAGAGAAGAGAGAAGAGAGAAGAGAGAAACUGACGAGGCUAUUUGUGUAG